UUAGUCUCCUCCUGCAGAGCAAGACCCAUCAUGAUCUCCUCACUACCACCACCAACGACAUGGACACGAGCAUCACGACUGAUCUGCUCCACGCGCGCUCCCUUACCAGCCUUGUUGUAACCAGCACCUCCAAAGAUCUGCUGGGCUUCGCGGACGCUUUUCUCUAGAGCUCGGGUGGACAUUACCUUGAGCAACGCCGUCAUGCCUCCGAUUCGGACAUCGUCCGUCGGCCUGUGCUUGGUCUGCUCGACGAUGUUGACUAGCUGCUCCAUGAACGCGUAUGCGGGUUCAAUCAUGAGCCCGAAUUUGAAUAUCUUGGACUGGAUCGCUUGCUUUUGAAUGAGUGGGGAGCCGAAGGUCUCGCGCUGCACGGCGUAUUUGAAGGCGUCCUCUGCGCAGACGCGUGCUAGUCGUAAGGAUGCACAGGCGAGGGAGAGACGCUCGGGAUUGAAGUUGGACAUGAUGAGAGGGAAACCGUUGUUCUCCUCGCCAAUCAGGUGGUCAGCCGGGACUCGAACAUCGUCGAGUUCAAUGAAUGUCGAGCCACUAGCAUUGACACCCGAGUUGUGCAUCCUCUUGCGAGUCACCCCGGGAGCCGCUAGAGGAAUCACCAGCAGACUGAUCCCAGAUUUCCCAGGUCCUCCGGUCCUGACCGCAGCCGUACAGUAGUCGGCCCAGAUACCAUUCGUGAUCCACUUCUUCGAU